AUGCAAGAAGAAGUUGAGUUGGGGAACUUGUCCCACAUCGGACUUGAGCUGGACAUGCUACCGCACUCUUCACGCGUGUCUGUUGGCUAUCGACACUUUAUCUACACCCUUCGACUUGUCUACAAGCGAUUCUCUCACCUGCGGGUCCUGGGGAAGAAGGUCGUGAAGGACGCCUUGAGCGUCUUUCUCGGAGGGGCUGUCAAGGGCCUGUCUGGGCUGGCGGGCUCGUCGGCGGGGACGCUGAAGGCUACCCUGCGGCUGCUUCGCUUGAGCAGCGUGCAUGAGGGAGUUAUUGAUGGUGUUGAUCGUGGUAUGCAUCUCGCAGCUGUCGUCGUCUUGGGGCUGGGGCUGGUGAGCGGGGACGUUACCCAUCUGUGUGAGGAGGGUGAAAGGGGGCUGGUGAGCGGGGACGUUACCCAUCUGUGUGAGGAGGAGCUGCUGUUGCAAGCCGCCUUGUAUGUGAUGGAGCUGCUGUUGCAAGCCGCACGUGGUAGCCAGGGGUAA